GUCAUAUCGCUUGCGAGGUGUGUCUUCUAACCACUGAGCUCCAGGACGUAAUCUUCUCGAAUCUGUGACAAGGCUGUACUCCACCAGCACUGCCCUACAGUGUCAACCUGGACCAGGAGCUCAAAUGCCCCGAUGCGAAGCUUGAACCCAGAACAUUCAAAUUAGAAAGUGAGACGGACUGAGUCAGGGUCACAUAAGCAGCUCGUCCGGAAAGAUCAACGAGUUUUGUGCGAGGUCACCGCCGACUGCUAUCAGACGUCUUCACCACUGGCACAAGCUGAUCGCCAAAUACUCAGCAGCACCACGGGAAAGAUGCCGGGAAUACAAUACAGCAGCCUGAAAUACUUGCUGAAGCAACUGACCAAACCAAACACAAUCUUAGGAAAUGUUACCGUUUUUUUUGUCCUCGCUGCAGUCGAAGAAUUGUUGGAGCUGACGUUUUCAUGUCCUUGUGAUCCAAAAUUUAACGAGAAGUAUGUCACUUUGUUCUUUGUCCUUCCUGCCAGUUUGCUUAUUUUAAUUGGCAUAGUGGCACAAGAAAAUCUACCUAACCGUUGUUCGGAUUAUAAGAAAAACAUAUGUUUUCUGGCACAAAUUAUCGCCCCUCCCCUUAUGUGGACUGUUUUGCUUUUCCUGGACGGUGAUUACUUGAUUUGUGCAAAAUCUGAAGGAGAUAUCAGGAAGGAAAACAAUCAGAGAAACCAAGGUUCAGAUUCCUGCAACGUAUCAGGAGAAAAUCAAACACUGGAAACCGAAGACAAGCAUGUCACCAAGAAUCUCCUGACAUCACAGCUCACUGGUGGUGUCUUACUCGUUUCCAUCUUCUUGGUUUUGAUGGUUUAUCAAUUUGGUUGUCCAGAUUACGAAAAAAACUGCCGGUACAGUAAGCCCAAGAUUACGGGGAGGGGUGGUGUGGGGGUGGUGUGGGCGGGGGAGUGUGAUGAUGUGUUGGGGAGGAGACGGCCGUAAGCACGGUCGAGGAGAAAUGUUUUUAGGUGAGAUUUGAAAAAGGGAGGAAAGGGCAUAAUGCAGCCGGAUUGAGGGAGAGCAUUCCAGAGAUUUGGGGCACAGUGGCUGAAAGUACGGCCUCUCCACACAUCCGUCCUUAAAAAGACACAUCCACCCAUAACUCACCUUCACCAACAAUCCCACAAACUCCGCUACAAACACACACUCUCCUUUACACAAGCACACUACCAUACGCACACACCCACCCGUAAAACCUGCCCUAAAAGGCACACCCUCCCUACACACACACCCUCCCCUAUACACAGAACCACCACUACACAAUCAGACUUGUGGAGUCCUGUAGCUCAGUGGUUAGAGCACUCUCUU